ACGAGGUGCGUGUGCCGUUGAUGUUGGAGGAGGAGACGGCGAAGACGCCGACGAAGGAGGCUGAAGCUGCGGCCGCGCUCUCGUCGUCGCUCUGCGCGGCUUAGUCCGCUGCGCCUGUCAGGGAGGCCUUGGAGUGGUUCAGACGGGCGACGGCCACAGCAUGAGCGAUAACGAUGACAUCGAGGUGGAGAGCGACGAAGAGCAGCCGAGGUUUCAGUCUGCGGCUGAUAAACGUGCUCAUCACAAUGCGCUGGAGCGCAAGCGUAGGGACCACAUCAAGGACAGUUUCCACAGCCUGCGGGAUUCUGUGCCAUCACUUCAAGGAGAGAAGGGCUAACGUGUGUGUCCUGAAAAGGAAUGAGGAAAUGACCUGCUAUUCAUCAGUGGCUGGAAUAACUACAGAGUUGUCUGCAGAAGCUCAGUACAAGGCAUCCCGGGCCCAAAUCCUAGAUAAAGCCACAGAGUACAUCCAGUACAUGCGCCGAAAAAACCACACACACCAGCAGGACAUUGAUGACCUAAAGCGCCAGAAUGCCCUACUGGAACAGCAAGUUCGUGCACUGGAAAAGGCAAGAUCAAGUGCUCAACUGCAGGCCAACUAUUCCUCUUCUGACAACAGCCUGUACACCAAUCCAAAGGGCAGCACCAUCUCCGCCUUUGAUGGAGGCUCUGACUCCAGUUCAGAGUCUGAGCUGGAAGAGCCUCAGAGCAGGAAGAAACUUCGUAUGGAGGCCAGCUAGAAGAGGUCGCUGUUCCCGCUGCCAUUAGACACUUGCUGGCUGCUUAAGGACUUUCUUUUCCUUCUUUAGUAGAGGCUCUUGGACUGCAGCUUUCCCAGUUUCUUGUCCCUUACUGACCCCUUCUGAGUUAAUCUUAACCCCUGGCUUGGCAGCUUAUCCUCUGGAAGACACCAGCCAUGGCUUGGAGCAGGAUAUCGCCCUGUCUUGUCCUGCCCUGUGGCUGCAAGUUUCUAGUUCCAGGAAUGCUCGGGCUAUCUGAUGAACUGACGAUUGCCUGUGAUUGCCUGGGCUGCAUGAGGACAAUGACUGCUCCAUUUGUCCACUAGAGUUGCACCACUCUCUGUUGUUUUGAUCAGAAUAUUUCUAUUUAUGUCAACAAGGCCAAAUAUCCCCCUGAAGAAUCUUUGAGAGGGGUGGGGUUGCGGGGAGAGGUUAUGCACAGAAGCAUUUGUGUAUAUUCUUGCCUGAAGUGGUGGUGCAGGAUUCAGGGAGAUGAGUUUUCUUUUGUAUUUGGCAGGUGAUGAAUUGGUAUUUAUUUCCUCUUAUGGAAACUCAAUGUGGUCAGGUUCCUCCUCCUGCUGUGGAUAUUGGUGACAUGAAGCUACAGAUUCAUACUAUGAACUUCCUAUCCGUUUCUCAAAAAUAGAGCCAGCUUUUAAAAUGUAAAUACACCAUAAGCUUUGUUACCUGGUACUAAUAUGCAUCAAAGCGUGGACCUCUGGCAAAUGGGCCAGUUACCCACAUAAGUUAAAGGGGCAUAGGCUGUGAGUGAGCAGAGGCCUCUGUAUGUGUGCGUGCAUGCGUGUGUGCGUCCUUAUAUUUUUGUCUUCUUCCCAUUCUUGUUUGUGAUGUUUUCUGAAUUUAGUGUAUACAAAUGUAGCUUGGUCUCUGUCCAGGUGUGAGUCUAUUUCAUGGAACUGAAGUAUGUUGUACAUACUGCCCAAGAAUUGUCUUGCAAGUUAAGGCUUCCCUUUACUAUAAGACUAUAAAUAAAAAAAAAUAUUUUAUCCUU